AAAUACCUCGUACUGUUUGUCGUUCAGGAUUGUCCCUGCUUUGUAUUGCCAUAGCUUCUAUUCCUGCCAAGAAAUGGUGUGAGCAGCUGGAAACUGCGCACGAAAGGAGCCGAACUUUACUAUGUAGUAGAUUCCAGCACUCCAAACCAACGAAAGUUCCAAUAGUCCGCUUCUAGUGAGGUUGGCUAAGACAGCUCACAAAUCGGAAUUUGUGACGACAGACAGUUCUGUGGGCCUCACUCACCUUCACCGUUACCUCGGACCCAAAUCCCACCGCACUUGGUCCCUGGGCCGCCUGCGAUCGCCCUCUUUAAGAGCUUGCUCCGCGGGACUAACGUUUGAACCGGCCCUGGCGCCCCUCCUCCGCCUCCGAUUGGCUGGGGACGGCGCACGAGGCAAAUCGGCCCGCCCAGAACGGUUGGCGGCGCUUUGUGAUUGGCGUUCGAGGAGUCUAUAUAAGGCGCUGUGUGGGGCUCGUUCCGCUCAGUUUAGCGACUAACGCAGAUCAGGUUUGUUGUCUGCGGCGAAGAGGCGGAGGGGGCUACGCGUCACCGGGUCUUUUCUCCACCGAGCUUUCAGCCGCCGAGGGUGCACCCCAGAGGCGAUCCUGUUUCCGCCUCCCUCUCCUCUCGCAGCUUCGGCGUUCACCCCAUCGUCUAGGCGCCACUCUCGAGAAGCGGAGGCAGGAUGGAGUUCAAGCUGGAGGCUCACCGCAUCGUCAGCAUCUCCCUCGGCAAGAUCUACAACUCGCGGGUCCAGCGCGGCGGCAUCAAGCUACACAAGAACCUCUUGGUGUCGUUGGUGCUGCGCAGCGCCCGCCAGGUCUACCUGAGUGACCCGUGCCCUGGCCUCUACCUGGCCGGCGAGGAGGACACGGACACGGACGAGGAGAUGGAGACCGGGAACGUGGCAAACCUCAUCAGCAUCUUCGGCUCUAGCUUCUCGGGACUCCUACGGAAAAGCCCUGCGGGCGGCCGGGAGGAAGAAGAGGCGGAGGAGAGCGGCCCGGAAGCCGCCGAGCCUGGGCAGAUCUGCUGCGACAAGCCGGUGCUGAGAGACAUGAGCCCCUGGAGCACAGCCAUCGUGGCCUUCUGAGUCUCCGGGGCCCGAGCGGCUGGAGCUUGAGCAGCGGGCGUCCCCGAAGUUCGGCCGUGGCCUUUCCCGGCCCCGAGGACGAGCCGAGACCGUAGGCGCUGGGCGCGUAGGGGGAGACUGGUUGCUGCCGGGCAGCACAUCGCCCCGAACGGGGCAGCCCGGCUGGGCCGUGGCUCUCGAGUCUCACGCAGAGAGACCUAGAGUUGGAGGCUUAUCGGAAGAGGACGAUCGAUCGUUAAAUUUUGUGUCUGUGUGUGACUGUGUGUGUGUGUGUGUGUGUGUGUGUGUGUGUGUGUCCGUCCGUGUGUAAGUUUGUCUUGUGUUGUUGAGACUGUUCUGUGGUUCUGGAAUGCACCACCCCUUCCCCGGGGCUUGAGACUUUUGGGGGCGCAGACAGGGACUUUCCUCUGCCAGCAGCACAGAAAAGGAAGCUGCUGAAUGGCUCGAGGCAGGGGAGUUCCCCAUUUGAUCUUGGGGGAGAGAGGGACUUUACACACUCUCAUGAAAGCUAGAACCUCAUCGGCGCGCCGAGUGGCGUUUCCUCACAGGAUUUCCUCAGACGAGAGGGAGUUCGCCUGGAGUAGAGACUUGUAUUAUUUUUCUCCCUCCCUACCUUUCUCUGGCACGGAAGAAGCGCUUCUACCCUGUGAUUACUCUGGGACAGCAGAACAUUAAGGGACCUUCAAUUCCUCAAAGGGGAUAAAAAAGCUUGGUGAACUUCACAGAAGAGUUCAAGCUUGGAAAUACGGAGUUUAUAGAGAAAAGAUAUAUUUUUAAAAGCUCUAGCUCAGAACUUACUACACAGUGCUUUUAAAAAGUGUUUAAUGAAACAAAGUUUACAGACGAGCUCUAAGUGGAAGGACCUUAUGGUUUUGUAGAUACGGUGACUCCAGUCUUUGUUGUAUAAAGGUUGGGGGAGCUGAUAAGGUUUUUGUACAGUAUUUUCUCCUCCUCUGUAUUGAUUUUUGUAUAAAAAUGUAACUUUACGUGUCUAACACGUAUUAAAUAUUUUGAAGCAACUCCA